AUGGAUUCUGCAUCUGAAAAGCAAGAAGAAGCCAUGGCUUCCGCAUCUCAAAAACAAGAAACUUCCAUGGCUUCCGCAUCUGAAAAAAAGCAAGCAGCCACAGCUCCAUCAAGUGUCAAAGAAAAAGACGUAGACAUGGAUUCAGCAUCUGGAAGGCCAGAAGAUCCUUUGAAACCGGAACCGCCGAUCACUGAUUCUGCAUCUGAUAUAUCAGAAGUAGCCACGGAUUCUGCACCCCAAGCGCACGAAGUAAUCCACAUUAGCUCGGCAUCCGACGAGGAUAAAGAAGUCGAAAUUUGUCCGCCACCGCGUUCGCAAGAUGUAAUCACGCCUGAUCAAUCUCAGACAGACAAUCUUGUUGUGGAACUUGGGAAUCAAGAUUCCGGCGGUUCUUUUAGUGAUGACGAGCCUCUGCCUGAACCCGAUUUGGGGCCAGCUUCACAGCCUGAAGCAACUCAACAAGAGAAGUUUCAUGUCACAGCCAUUCCCGAGUACCCGGAGGUCAGUAGAACACAACCUCACCCUACCAUAGCAGUUCUUGUUACGCUCACAGCGCCGUCAAUGUCGCAAUUUCCGAAUUCUCUAAAGCGUUUGCCUCUCGACCUUGUCGUCGUGCUGGAUAUAAGUAAGAGCGAGGACGAGUCAAGAUUGGAGCACAUGAAAAAUGCACUUCUGUUUAUCGUCGAAAGCAUGACCAGUUGGGACAGGCUUUCGAUUGUUUCGGAAGCUACUCGGCUUACACCUUUGCGUCGAAUGCAUCAGCCUGGAAAGGAAACGGCGAAAACAGCUAUUCGAGCUCUAUUUUCCAUUGAAGCCUCGACCGGAAUUCAGGAAACUCUGUUGAAGGGCGCCCGAGUACUUGAUGAGAGACGUUUUACGAAUCCGACUGCAAGUAUUAUACUGCUGUCCGACAGGGGAGCCGGUCACAGUACGGAGCCUGAAUCCACGACAAAAACGAAAAGCCAAACUGCCAUCCUACUGAAUCUAUUGCCAGAGUCUAUUUAUCCAGACACUCGAUGGACUUCCGACCUCGAUUCAUUUCCUGUCCAUUCAUUCGGCAUCGGCCCAUGCCACGAUCCCAGUGUGCUGCACGCAGUAUCUUCGGCUUCACUCGGCACUUACUCGUACGUGAAGUCGUACGACAUUCUGCAAGACGCGGUCGCAUGCUGCAUUGCGGGUCUCACGAGCGUCACGGUUCAGAACGUUCAUAUAACACUCGCGCAAAUGGUGGAUGUCGUCAAGAUUAGAUCGAUCGAGUCUGGGCUACACGCGAGCAGAGUUUCGCAGGCAGGAGACACAGGUGAAAUCAUAAUAGGCGAGAUGUACGCCGAGGAGGUCAAAGAGUUUCGUGUAGAGAUAUCUCUUCCUCGGCUCACAAUCCUCGGCAAGAGAGGCGCCACGAAGAGGACUCGUAUGGGUAUAAUGUGGUCGUACUCUGACGCCGUGUGGGAAGUGCACGAAAAGUGUCUUUCUUUUGAGGUACAGAGGCCAAUCGAUGUAUCCCCGGAAGGCAGUACACAAUGUGAAGAGAUUUUGCAGAACAAAGCGCGCCUGUUCGGCGCAGAAAGCAUUAGGAAGGUGAGAUUGAUGGCAGAUCAUCCCGGCGAGCUCUAUAAUGCUCGGAAUUUUCUGUUAGAAAAGCUAGCAGAAAUGUCGCAAAAAAUCGAAUCAGGCCAUGGCCCGAGCGUGUGGAUUUAUGGCGAGAUGUGUGAGGUGGCGAAGCUAUUGGGAAGUCUGCAAUUGUACGAGAGAUUCGGACAAGCUUAUGCUCUAUCGAAUGUGAGCUCCCAUGACAAUCAAAGGGCCACAACAAGAGGCUGCAAUGUGCCGGGAGUCGUCGCUAUCAGUUACCCUGCUUACGCCACACCUCAUAUGGUUCGGUCUGUGAAUUCUUCGAGGUCGCAGCGACAUAAGCUUUGGGAAAAUAUUAGGAACAUAUUCUAA